GACGAAAGAACGCGGUUCAAUUGUCGUGAAUUCGAACAUUGGAUGAAGUGUGGACCUGAACCACACUGCGAAAAAUCUUGUGAUAACUUGUACAGUCCUCCAAACUGUCACGAAAUUUUAAACCAUCCAAAAUGCUAUUUCCCUCGAUGUGUCUGUAACAAGGGAUUCGUUCGUAACAGAGAAGGGUACUGUAUCAGAGAAUGGAAGUGCAAAAGCCGGUAG